AUGGUAAUAGUCCGGGCAUGGUGUGUGGGUGCGCUUAUCACCACGUUUGUACGGCUUCUGGUGAACACUGUGUUUCCUCCUCCUGCUGACACAGUUCCAGAUGAUCGCAGCUCUCAACGCCCUGAAGAGUCCGACCCGUUUUGGAGAGAGCACGAGCGGCUGGAAGAAGACGCGCGACUGUCGAGGGGGCGCCAGGAUCCGGCCUUUCCGUUCUGA